AUGGUAGGCUUGACAACCGAUGGCGCUCCAGUUAUGGUGGGUUUUGAUAAGGGUCUGGUGGCGUUAUGUCGUAAAGAUGAAACUUUUCCGCAAUUUCUCUGUUACCACUGCAUUAUCCAUCAGCAAGCAUUAUGUGAAAAUUUUCUGAAACUAAACAACGUUAUGAAACUGGUGGUAAAAAUUGUGAACAAGAUUAGAGCUCAAGCGUUACAAAGAAGAUUAUUCAGAACCUUGGCCGAUGAAGUUGACUGUCAAUACGGGGACCUACAACUUCACUCUGAAGUCCGAUGGUUAAGUAGAGGACGGGUGCUGAAACGUUUUAAUGAUGUCCUAUUUGGCAUAGUUCAAUUUUUCAAACAACGCGAUGAACCGACUCCGGAAUUAGAAAAUUCAAUCUGGCUUAGAGAUUUUGGUUUUCUCGUGGACAUUACAGAGAAAUUAAACGAACUUAAUUUGCAGCUUCAGGGGAGAGACAAAAAACUAGGGGAAAUGAUUUCUGAUAUAAAAGCAUUUAUCAAAAAGCUGGAGUUUUGGGAACAAAACCUAAUAAACAGCGAUUCCAAGCAUUUUCCUAUUCUUUCAGAAAAAAUAUCUCAAAAUCCAUUAGAACCCUAUGACAACAAAUAUCAUGUAGAAAUAAUUUCUACCCUGAAGAGUAACUUCAAAAAUCGUUUUAAGGAUUUCAAUGAAAUGGCUUUAGUAGCGCAGUUUGUUGUUUCAUCCUUUAUGGAAAUUGAUAUCCAACAGUUUGCAGCUUGUGUUAUGCAGAACUUUGGCGAAGACAUCGCUGCAACCGAAAUGGAAGUCAUUGAGUUUCAAAAUGAUUUAGCCUUAAAAUCGUUAGUCUCAAGUACUGAAUGUAUCGGGCCUAUUGUAAGUAAAGACAAAUAUUCAGUUCUAUGCCGUGUUGCCUUGAAAGUGAAAGCAUUAUUCAGUUCAACCUAUUUGUGUGAAUCUUCUUUUUCCAAUAUGAAGUUUAUUAAGAACAAAUAUCGCAAUCGACUUACAGAUAAACAUUUGGAUAAUUGUAUUCGAAUGGCUGCAUCAAAUUAUACCGCAAACAUUAAAAAAAUUAUCGAUGAGUCUGAGUGUCAGCCUUCUCAUUGA